CAGGUGAUGUGAUGAUACACCUCGCGAUCCUGCGACGUUAUUCACGGCAGAUGCUUUGUAGGAUAUAUUUUAUCCAUCUAAAAUAAAGAAUCCGAUACCAACGGUUUAAUCCAUAUCAGCUCAGACGAGUCAACUAUGCUGGGCCGUACUUGAGAUUUUGAAAUACCCCCCACAUAUUAGACUCAAAUCGGCGAACCUUCCUUAAACCAUGUAUCACCAGCUAGAGGAUAUGGAGGAAGGACACUCGGCUGGCGACCGAUUCGACUCUUCCCAAAUAUCUUACGCUCUACUCCGACAAAUCCGAUACUCUUUUAAACAUCACCGACCGAAGUCCUAUCCUCCCUCAAAUAUUCCACGAACAUCUCCAGAGCGUUUAGCGCUUGCCUCCCCCGACUCACCCGAUGGUACUUCCGCGACAACGGUCCUUUACUUAGCCUAUGGCUCCAACCUCUCGUCCGAAGCUUUUCUCGAUCGUCUCGAUAUCCAUCCGCUAAGUCGGAUUAACGUAUCAUCGCCAGGUUUUGAUUUAGCAUUUGACCUUCCGGGACUUCCAUACUGGGAGCCUCGCCUAUCCAAUGUGACGCCGCGCAAGAUUCCCAGACCACCGAUUCCGGGUGAUCCACCGAAACCUCCCUUCCCUCCGCCGACUACGAACACUGCCUUAGGAAAAGAGGAGGCAGACGAAGAUGAGCGUCUGGGAACGCGGCUACUACCUACCUUGCCUCCCGGAGGCCCUCCGUCAUGGUCUAAGGGUCUAUACGGGGUCGUCUAUGAGAUAACACGCGAUGACUACGGAAAGCUCCUUCGAGCCGAAGGCGGUGGUACAGCAUACCAGGACGUAUUUGCGCCGUGCCUCGCUCUACCCCCACCCCUGCGCAUCCCCGAGAAACCUCCCAUACCUGAGCUACCGAAGCCGUUCCUCGCGCAUACGUUGUACGCCCCGCGAUUAUCGGAUAUAAAACCACCCGGCGAUGAUAGAAAUAAUACAACUACCGGUGGCAAUGAUGAUGGGGGUGAUGGAGACGGCGAUAAAGACAAAUGGUGGCGGAAACUCCUCCUACCUGUCAGCCGCUCCACGCCGGACUAUGCGCAGCCCAGUAUCCACCAUCUGAACUUGAUCCGCAAUGGCGCGCGAGAACACUACCUACCGGAUGACUAUCAACGGUAUCUCGCGGGGUUGCAACCAUACAAGAUCACGACAUGGCGGCAGGAUAUAGGGCGGUGGUUACUCCUUUUAUUAGCGCUGCCACUUUUCUUGAUUAUACUAGCGUUUGGAUACUUGUUGGCUGAUGAAGAUGGUAAAGUACCGCGGUGGGUAGCGGGCGCGGCAGCCGUUGCGAUGAAUUUGGUGUGGAUAGCUUAUGAUGCUGUCUUCAAACCGCUGUUCGGAGAUGGCGAGCGGACGAUAGAGGAUGAUGAAGAUAACUCGAGGAUAAAUAGAAGGAGUCGAAACAUGAUGAGGAAUUCGCAAAGGUGGGGAAGCGAAAAGAAUGCAUUACUUGCAAAUUAAUAACACUCAACUUAAGGUUACAAUAUAAAGGUAACAAUCAAUAAUAAACGUAUGAAAGGUAAAGAU